GCAGCAACGCCUCUCCUUCAAGCUUCCCCUCGUAGCUCUCACACUGCCCUACCUGUCCACGAGAGGCCAAAGAAGGCUCUUCCUCACAUCAUCACAGCUCAAGGGCGAAGCCUGCAUCAGCUUGAGCAGCAGCGUCUUUGACCCUUCGGCCUACUCCACCCAACGCCACCCUCAACCAACGCCUCAUCUGCCACCCCUCCCUCACCACCACCAUGUCCACCAGUACGAGCGCUAGUGCGAGCGGCAGCAGCAAAGGCAAAGCCAAUGGAGACAAGGAAGCCAACAAGGACACGGUCACUCUGGUCAGCGAAGACGGGGAGAGCUUCUCUAUUGCCAAGUCGGCUGCCGUUCAUUCGGGCACCAUCAAAGAUAUGCUCGAGGGAGGCUUCGCCGAGUCGGAGAGUAGGACUGUCCAGCUGCAGAUCAGGUCUGCCGUUCUCGAGAUCGUCGUUGCCUACCUCGAGUGGUACGAGAAGUACGCAGAUGCUCCUGAGGGGACGCGCAUCCCUGACUUUGAGAAGGGUAUUCCUGCCGACCUGGCGUUGGAGCUGCACAUGUGUGCGGACUUCCUUGACGUUUGAUACGAGGCUGAAGGGG